GUCAACGAUGAGGAGACCCCAUUCGAGCCCUCUGGGGCUCGAAUUGACCACCCUCCUAGUGAUGAUCACGCUCGUGGGAGUGUGCUUAUCAGCUCCCGUGCACGAGAACACGGAACUGGAGACGUAUAGUGAAUCUGGCUGCUACUACAACUACCAUCAGUACUCGGAGGGUGAUAGGAUAAUGACGAACGAGCCAUGUCUCAACUGUACUUGCCACAAUAGGAUGUUGAUGUGCUACUUGCGUGUCUGUCCAUUCACGAAGCCCAUCGGUCAGGAUUGCGUGGUGGAGAAACGUGAAGAUCAGUGCUGUCCUGUCAUUACGUGUCCCGAAGUUCCUGUCGAGCUCGUUGAUCAUGCCACAUCGAGUCCGUCAACAGAUGUGGGAGGCCUCGAUCGCUUUGGCUGUUCUAUUGAUAAUAGGUUCUACCCAGAAGGUGCUCAAGUGCCAUCGAAUCCUCGCAAGCCGUGUGAACUUUGCUAUUGCAUUCGCAACAUGACUGCGUGUGUUAUGCAAGAAUGUACGCUACACGUUGAGGGUUGUCGACCUAUCUACAACAAAGGAGUCUGCUGUCCCGUUCGUUACGAAUGCGAUCAUGAAGCGGAAGAUGAUACUCUUAUGCUGGAAGACAAAACGACAACAACUGAGCGCCCAACGCCAGGAUUCAUGCUCACUACGACCACACCACCUGGAGUUGAGGCGGAUUGUGUUCACGAUGGCGAAGUCUUUGCGGAUGGGGCUCUCAUUUUCACUGACCAGCCAUGUGAGCACUGCUACUGUAUGCGAGGCGAUAUUGUAUGCGCCGUGCAAGAAUGUGGAACACCGCUGGAGAAUGAGGGCAAGAACUGUACAGCACGUCCACCGCGUGAGGGUCAAUGUUGUCCGGAUGUGUAUGACUGUGAAGAAUCCAAAACGGAGGAACCGGAGAGUGCUACUCGAAAGGAGGAGAUGGAAGCUACAACCCUGGGAACAGGACUCGAUACUCGUAUUGAUGAGGAUGAAGAGUUUGAUACACAUGACCAGAAGACCCCCAUGCCAGAGGAGAAGGAGCCAAUGACCACAAUGUCGUCUGACAAAGUGGAUGAUAAGUUUAAUGAAAUAAUGCCGGAGGAGAAACCUGAAAUCGAAGAGGCUCACACCGAGACGGCAACAACGCUGACUCAUGAAGCCACAACUGAGCCCAUCAAAGAGGCUGAAGAAGAUUUGCAACAGCACAUCAUAGAUGAAGAUUUGCAAUCUCAUAUUGACAAAGAAGAGGAGGAGGGUCCGGCCACAGUUAAAGAGACAAUCUCCACUACAGAGAAACUGAAACCGACAACAAUCAUUACAGAGAGUGAGUCGUCAGAAAAACCAGAAGAGGGUCACGAAGAAGAUGAGGUGAUGGCCACUGAAGAACCGUUGAAAGCAACUGAAUCACCAGAAGAGGCAAGCAUUUCUCCAGAAAUGCAUGGCGAAUUGACAACAAUUGCCGGAGAGGGUGUUCCGACGACAGAGAAGGCUGGUGCUCUUGACACAAAAUCUGGUGAAAUUGAGGAGACUGAAGAUGACAAUACUGUUGAGCCAGAUCAAUUCACAUCUACACAUCACCCACCAGCAGAAUAUUUGCCGCCACAGAAGCCAGUAGAGCACGACGAAGAGGAAUCUAGUGAAUCAUCUAGUGAAUCCACUGAAUUAACACCAUCUGAAGAAGAGGGACAAGUGCCUAUCCGCCCUGAGACGCCAGCCCCAGACCAUGAGCCUAGUGAAGAGGAAACGUCUGAAGAGGUGACAUCAUCCGAGGAGGAGGCUGAGAAACCAAGUCCCGAAACGCCACUUGAAGAGCCAUCCUCAACUACUCCUGGUCAUGAUGAUCUUGAACUGCCGGAGAGAGAAAUUGUUACAGAAUCUCCAGAUAUGAUCAAGAUUCCCGAACCGGUGGAGCAUGAGCAAGUUACUGAAUACAGUAUUGAUUCUGGCUCUCAUACGCUUGAAGAAGUCACUACAAAGGCAGGUCCUGAAGAGAAAUUACCUGAAGAGGCCACCGAAAAAGCUACUGAGGCGCCUGAAGAGGAACCCAAACCUACUAUCAAGAUUGAAGAGGAGAAACCCGAAAUUAUGCAAGUCACAACAGAGCAUAAGGAGCUGGAAGAGAAACCUGGAGUCACUUUCUUACCUGAGGAUGAAGAGGAGGAAGAGAAACCACAUCUUGAAGGGUCAGGAGAGUUCGACGAGCCCGAGAAAGAAGAGCCUGAAGUGCAUACGGAAGGCCCGAAGACUCCCAAACCAGAAGAAUCUGAGGAACCUGAACUGGAAUCUACAGAACAACCUGAAGAAACUCCCAUUGGUCUGCCCGAAGAAGAACACACUGAAGAACCCAAGACUCCAGGUCAUGACGAAUCCGAGGCACCUGCUACUGUUGCACCUGCUGUUGAGGCACCUUCCACUGAGGCGCCAUCCACUGAGGCAUCUGAAGAGUCUAUUACUGAUGAACCCAGCAAGGAAGAAUCAGAAGAAGCUGAGAAACCAGAGGAGCCAGAACAACCCGAAAAACCCCUCGCUACCACCAUCGCUCCUGAGAAAGAAGAAGAAGAAAUCAUCACACCAACAUCACCCUCAAUCAAGGAAAGUGAAGAAAAGGAGCCAGAAGAGGAAUCUACUGAAGAAGAGCUGGCUACUCCGACACCAACCGCUGAACUGUUGCCUCCAUCAAUUCCCGGUGAAGGGAACUGUCUGGUGGAUGGUAUUAGUUAUCCUAACAAUGAAAUUAUUCCUGCCGUCAACAAAUGUCAGCUCUUUUGUACCUGCGUCAACAGUGUGGUUCAUUGCGAAACUGUGAAGUGUCCACCACCCCCAGAAAACUAUGUCGAGUGCCAACCUUUCUAUAGAAAUUUCGAUGAGUGCUGCCCCAACUACAAGUGUCCUCAGGACUUGGAGACAUCAUCUGAGGAAUCUUCUGAAGAGCAACAUACCAGGGCUCCUACAACAACUGAGCGUGCUGAAGAAGCUUCAGAGAUUCCAGCAAUUGUUGAGGAAAUCAGUCCUGAUGAGGUCCCAGCUGUUAUUGAGGAAUUCAAACCAGAAGUUACUACAGCAAUGGAGGAGGCCGAGGUAACUGAGAUUACACUGACACCCAUUGAGAAGGAAGAAGAACCUAGUAAACCAUCUGAAGAAGAAAAACCUGAGAGUGAAGAGGAGGAGGAGGAAGAAGUAGAAGCAACAACAAGGGCUGCUCCAGAUGAUGGUGAAGGCGAAUUGAUAAGUCCAGAAAUUCUUCAAUCCUACACCGAUGAGUAUGGACCCGAACCGACUACUCACAGACCUCAAGAAAUUGAGCUUCCUAGUCAUAUUCCUGAGAAACCUGAAGGAGAAGAAACUGAAGCAGAAACGGGUGCACCUGGUACUGAAAGUCAACCUGAAGUUCCAGAGAAAUCAAGUGAAGAGGAGGAAGAACGCCCUGAACUUAUACAUAUUUCAACCCUUCAACCUGAAGAUUACACAGAGAAGCCAGAAGAGGAAGAAAUGAAACCUGAGGAAGAAGCCAAGCCUGAAGAAGAGCUUAAACCUGAAGCAGAAACAUCACGCCCAGACACAGUUACUGAAGCUGAAGAGGAAGUCACUGAGAAGGAAGAAUUGCCGUCUGAAGCACCAAUUGCAAUUACUGAAAAGCAAGAAAAGCCCACAGAACGUCCAGAAGAAAUUCCUGAACAGAGCGAAGAGGAAGAAGAGCAAACUGAAGGAGGACAUGUUGAAAUUAUAACUCCAUCUGCUACAGAAUUGCCAAAGGAAACACCAGAACCUUCAAUGGAAGAGGAGAAAACAGGCCGCCCUGAAGAAACUGAAAUGCCAGAAGGCCCAGCUCCGACUGAAGAAUCAGACAAAGGAGAACAAACAACAGCUGCAUCAUCAACUGAAAAGGCUCCUGAAGAGGAUAUUGGCAUCUUGUUCCCAGAAGAAGAAGAGAAACCCGAGACUGUAACUUUAGAUGUUCGCGGAGGAGAAGAUGAAGAGACUACAGCAAAGGCUCCGGAAGAAGAAAAGGCUCCGGAAGAAGAAAAGGCUCCAGAAGAAGAAAAGGCUCCUGAGGGCGUCCCUGCUAGCACGCCACAUGAGAAGGAAACCGAAGAUAAGACAGAAUCCCUUCCACCAGUGCCCACAAUUCAUACCGAAAUUGAGGGUGAAAUUACCAAGAAACCUGAAGUUGAAGAACAAACCAGUGCUCCCGAAGUUGAAGCAGAGAGCCCAACGGAAUCAUCACUUGAAAAAGAAACUGCUAAGCCUCAUUUGCCAGAAGAUGAAGUAAUUUAUGCCACAGACAAACUGGAAGUAGCAGAGCAAGUGACAGAAAAAGAGCAACCUACUCCAGCUCCCACUCCAUCUGAAACUGCUAAACCUGAUGCUGCUAUUACAGAAAAGGAGGACCUGCCUGAAGAAGAACCCACCAAGCCUUCUAUUGUAGCGCAGCCUUCAGAUGAAAAGGAAGAAGAAGAGGAAUCUAAGCCUCAAACUAUGCCGGAAGCAAUUCCCACUAAAGAAUCUGAGGAGGAAUCAGAAGAGGAAUCCGAGGAGGAACACACGCCGCGACCUUCCGAUGUUACCACGAGUAGGCCUAUUGAAGAACAGCCAUCUGAACUUCCAGGCGUUAAGGUUGAACAUCCCGAGGAGGAAGAGGAGGAGGAAGAAACCCCUGAAAUACCUCUAGUAACAACUCCUAGUGAAUUGGCCACCAAGGCGCCCGAAGAAGAAGUUUCAACUCCAGCAUCGGAACUAGAACCUCCUAAGACAUCUGCUCCUGAACAAACAGAUGUAGAAGCAACUGGCGCUCCUGCUGUGACAGAAAAAAUCACUCAUGAGGAUGAACAACCACUGAAGCCUGCAGAAGAACCUACCACAGCACACGAGGAAUUAGAGCCAAGCAAGGAAGAUGAGGCUACUAAACCAGCUGUGACAGAAGAGGCCACUAAACCAAGCGAAGAAGAAGAAAUAACGCACGAACCAGAAGAACAUAAACCUGAGGCAGAAGAUGAAGUUAAGCCGACUCCACAAACUGAAGAAGUAUCUGAAGAAGAAGAGGAUGAAGUUAAACCUACCCCAGACUCUGAAGAAUCAUAUGAGUCAUCAGAAUCUCCAGAGAAACCUGAAGAAGAGGAUGUCAAGCCAACGCCAGAAAGUGAAGAAUCUUCUGAAAAGCCUGAGAAAGAAGAGGAAAUCAAGCCUACUCCUGAAUCUGUUGAAUCUACUGAGUCAUCUGAAGAGCCUGAAGAAGAGGAAGCUUCUCAGAAACCUGAGGAGACAGAAGAAGCGAAACCAACUCCUGAAGCUGCUGAGCCAUCUGAGAAACCCGAAGAAGCCGAACUUCCAGCCACUGUACAACCCAUUGAACAUGAGGAUGAAAUUUCACCGACUACAAAGGAACCAGAAUCAUUGCCAGCUGAGCCUGAGAGACCAACAGAAGAACUUAAACCUGAAGAAGACGAUACAGUCUCACCCACUGCUCUUCCCGAGGAGCAAACUGAAUCAGAAGUUGCUGAACCCACUAAACCCAGUGAAUUGGAAACUCCAGCUCCGAGUGGAGAGACAGAAGAGGAGAAAGAAGAAGAAGAAGCGCCAACGCCAAGUGGAGAAGAAGCAACGAAACCUAGUAUUCUGGAAGAAAAGCCUACCACAGCAGCUGAAGAAGAGGAUGGUGGUAAACCUGAAAAACCAGCUGAAGAGGAAGAAGAGGAGGAGGAAGAAGAAGAGGAAGAACCUGGAAAACCCACACCAGCUAUUGAAACAACAGAGCAGGAAGAGGAGGCUACUGAAUCAAUUGAGAAGAAGCCAAUUCUUCCUGAGGAGUCACUGCCAACUGAACCGUCCAAGAAAGAGGAACCCGCCACAGAAGAAGAAGAGAAAAUUGAAGAAGCCACACCAAUUAGUGAAGAACUCCCAACUUCUACAGAAACUCAUCCCACAUUGAAGCCUCUGGGAGAGAAGGAACCAGAAACCACUGCAGAUCUUGAUGAUGCUAUUGAUCACACAACGUCUAGUGGUGAAGAAAAGGAAGAAGAGACGCCAAAGCCACUGAGCGAAGAGAAGCCAAGCGAAGAAAUGCCAAGUGAAGAGAUGCCGACACCCACAGAGAGAGAACCCGAAGCGUCAACUUCGGGUGCAGAUGAAGUCACUCCUAGCAAACCUGCAGAAGAAAGUGCCGAAGGCGAAGCUGUUACAGAGACCCCGAUGAAACCUGAAGAAGAAAGUGCCGAAGGCGAGGCUGUCACAGAGACCCCAAUGAAACCUGCAGAAGAGAUGGUGGCUGAAGUUGUCACUGAACCCAGACCAACGUCUGAAACCGAAGAAGAUGAUGAAGAACCCGCGGAACAUAAACCGACAGAAAGGGUACCUGAGAAGGAAGAAGAGCCUGCGACUGAAAGUAUUGAACCAGUGACAGAGAAGAAGGAGGAAGAAGCUACAAAACCUGCUGAAGAAUUGUCUCAAGCCACAGAAGAGCCACUGAAGGAAGUUGAACCGACAAAACCAUCUGAGGAAGAGCAACCUACGCCUGAAACUGAAACAAAACCAACCGAAGACAGUGAAAAGGAGGAAGACAUGGAAACACCAAGCAAACCUUCUGAGGAUGAGGAGAAGGAAGCAACACCAAGCCCAGUUGAGGGUGAAGUUUCAACACCCGGCAAGGAAGAAGAAGAAGAGACCUCUAAGCCUGAGAUUGUAGCACCCGAUUCCCAGAUUGUUGAGCACGAAUAUGAGCCAACGAAGCCCAGUGAAGAAGAAGAAGAGCAGAAACCGUCUGAUACGACGGAAGAGGGUGUAAAGGAAGGCGAACCUACUGAGAGGCCGGUGACUGAGAGAGCAACAGAAAUCCCAGAAGAAGCUGAACCGACAAAGGCUAGUGAGAAGGAGCCCGAACUGGAAGUUUCAACCGUAGCUGCAGAGGUUACUGCUGCCCCGCCAGCCGAAGGCAUGCCAGAGGAAGAGGAGAAACCAGAGAAGCCAGAGGAGUCAGAGAAGCCAGAGGAGCCAGAAAGUGUUCAGGAAGUCACAAGUCUGAAACCGCCUCAUGGUGAGGAGGGAGAGGAGGAGCAUAAGACUGAAGCGAGUGCUACCGAACCUAGCGACAGAACAACGGUGCCUCCAAGUGAGGGUGGUCUCGAUGACAGGAUAAAGGAGGAUGAAGAUGAAGAGUCACAGAAGCCCCUGCAUCCGGAUGAUGAUCAGAGUCAAGUGCCAAUCUCCUUCGAACCCGAAGAAGAGGAAGAGAUCAUCGAAGAAGAGCCUCAUGUGCCAAGUGACGAGAAACCCUCCACUGUUCAAACAAUGACCCCUGAUCUCAGUCACUACUCGACAAGUGCGCCGCACUACGAUACCGGCUAUGGCCAGGUUCCUGCUGGACACUAUCCAGGACCAUCAUACCAAGAGGAAGAUUAUGGUGACGAAGAGGAUGCGUCUUCGUUUGGACCCGGAACAUGCAGAUAUGGUGGAAAACUCUACGUGUCCGCCCAACAGAUCCCACGAGAUGAUCCUUGUGACUUCUGCUUCUGCUUCCGAAGCGAUAUUAUCUGUCUGCAGCAGUCCUGCCCACCACCAAUUACUGGUUGUCACGAGGAGCCUAUCCAUGGCUUCUGCUGUCCACGCUACGAGUGCCCCGUGUCGAUGGCCACUGUGAUGAACGUGACGACCAGCACGACGACAACAACUACAACGCUACCACCGCACUUCCUGCAUCACGCCUACAAGGGCCAUGCCACCCUGCAAGGGUGCCAGAUUGAUGGUAAAGCCUACAAAGUGGGCGACAUUGUACGUCAAUCGAGUGGGCCAUGUAUGAGUUGCAUAUGUGGCGGCGAUGGACAAAUGAAAUGUGAUCCUAAGAAAUGUUCACCAGAACCUCUUCUUCGACAAAUGAUUGCGGUGGCAGCCUCGAGAAAGAGAUGAACUUCCAGAAAUGACCAGUGAACGAACUAAAAUGGUUUCUUAACCAGAGAUUCAAUCAACAUGGAUAAUGCUGAAAAAACAAAUUCUUUCUAAUAUCACGAAGGGUGCCAAACUUUUAUUAAUAAUUAAUUAAUUUAAAAAGAAAAAAAAAUGAGUAAAUAAUUUAAGAAUUCAACGAUACGUACUCUUAAUAAUAUUGCAUUUUUCUAGAAAACGAGAGAUUCAGUCAAAUUGAAUAAUCCAGUGUCGACGCUAAAGAAAUUUUCCAUCAAAUUUAUUUUCUUUUCCCAUCUUUUUGGAUGCUAGAAUAUUCAAUAUAGAUUUUGAAAACUGUGGUCGACCCUAAAAUAAAAGCAAGAAGACGAAGAUGAAGUAUUAAAACUGAACAGAUUUAAAGAAAGAAUACAACUUAAUGCAGAAAAAUCAAUUAAAUUGAGACAACUUUUUGCGCCCAAUUUCACUUCUAGUCUCCCAUUUAUUUAAUCAAAAAAACGUUGAUUUUGAGAAAAAAAAAGUUAUUGUAAUUUUAUUAAAUUAAAAGGUUCGCGAAAAUGGCCGAUGUCUUGUCGACUGAAUGACUUUAUGUGGAAAAUAUGAGAAUUUUCGAAAACGAUUUGAGAUUGAAAAUUUGAUAAAUCAUAAGAUUUAUCUAGAUUUUUUGACAUAGACAUUAUAUGUAAUUUUAAAAGAAUUAACUGCAACGUGACCAUUUGUCUCAGAUACAAAUUUUACACAAACUUGCAGCAAGUUUUGUCACACUUUUGUCGUAAACUAUGUAGAGAAAGCAAAUCCAUCAGUUUUUUUUUCUUAUUUCAAUUUACGAAAUGAAAAUAGAAAAGGGAUGCUGAGGAGCACGAGCAAUACAUGCGCACAAACUAGAUUCUUAUUGAUAAAUGUUUUAAAAUACAUAAACGAUAAUUAUUGGGACCUCAAAACCUACCAAUUAAAUAAAACAAUAAAAAUAGACUAACACCACACUUUACAUGUAACGUAACAACUUAGUAAUGCAAUAGAAUUGAAGAAGUGUUUAGUUAUGAUAGGUAUUCUUAGAGAAUGGCCAGUGUCCAGUUGUUUGAUUGACUGAAAGUGACAUAUUCUAUGCUAACAUAACAUCGAGUGAUUCUUCGACACGUCAACUAACAAGCACAGAAGUAAUUUAUUUAAGGCAGCCUAGGUCUUUCUCCUACCUGUAAGAUGAGAUGACGAUAUAGAUAAAGGGUAAGAUCGUUUUCAGUCACUUGAACAUCUGGACGUGAGGAAGCAUAGAACAUAUUCGAAUUUUGAUAUGGAAGAAAUCGUCAUAGUGGAAGAAAUUAAAGACAAUUGAGAUGAAACAUUGCCAUAAAAGGUUUGGUUACAUAAAAGAAUAUUCCAUUUUAUAUCAUUAUUAUUGUAAUAAAGAUUUAUAGAGAAGGAACAAAACAACUCAUGAGAAGAGAACUAGCGAGCAAAAAAAUGAUAAGAAGCAAUUAUCAAUAAAUAUAUAAAUUACAUUUAAGAAUUCUACAUUAUGCAUUAGUGACAGUUCUUUAUAAAUAGGAGAAAAAAAAUACAAGGCAUAAUUUUAUAUCAUUUUAAGAAUAAUUUUAUGAUUUUUUUGAACAUUUUCUCGAACCAGUGUGACCAUGUGUUAUGAAAUAUUCAUCGAUCAAUUUUGUCAAUGUAUCAAAAUGUUUCAUUGAAGAGCAACUCCCGGAAACUGGUUACUUUUAAUUGUGAAGAAAAAUAUUGCAUUUAAGGCGAAGAGACUCUGUAACUUAAAAAAUAAUUACGAAAUACUGUCCAUGUGUCCGAAUAUGAAGUAUUAGUUCAAGUUGAUCGAUGAACAUUGUACUACCUUGCACAGGCCCGAGAGAAAAGCCCAGGAUA